AUGACGUGUCAAGCGGUACCAUCGGUGACAGGAAAAAUCAAGUAUCAGGAAGCCACAAAUGGCAGGCCACAAAGGAAAAAGCAGUUGUCGGUAUCGAUUAAGCACCGCCACGAAGAAGGACCCGGAAGCUGGAUUUCGGGGUUGAGGAGAGACAUUUUUCGCCAAGAGCUUUCCUUCACGCACGGGUGCGGAUUAUGGCCCGGAGGAGGAACAGGAGGAGAAAUGCGUACGAGGAAAAUCAACCCUGGCAGAGGCUGGGAAGAGAUAUCUCUUCCGAUACGAGCCGUUGAAGUGCGUCCAUGAUGCCACCACUCAGGCAGGAAUUCACGUUCGCCAAGCACUGCCCAGCGUGGUGGUGACGUCAUUCAGAGGUGUUUGGAGGCAAAACCGGCUGGGCCGGAAAUCUGGAACCAAAUUGGUCAAUCUGAGGUACUCUCGUUAUCUAGCAAUCGAUUUUCCGUUUAUCCAAAUUUGCCGACAGCUGCAACUGAUGGGUUAAAAACAACAUCAGCGUCGAACCGAGGAGUGUUGGAGUGCCGGCAGCAGCAGGUGAUGUGGCGGGGUAUAACUGCAAAAAUACCGAUCGAUGUUCUCAUUUUCAUUUAGAGAUAUUUCCAUAGAGCUGCUUGCUUCUGCCGCUCAAUACUUUCCAAUACUCCAAAAGCCCGUGUACUUUCACGGAGAAAAUCCCCUCCGGGCGAGCCUCGAUCGACGUCCAGGUUCUAACGGGAGAUCUGGCCCAGUCGAACGGCAGUGAGGAAUGUGGACCACGUACGCCGUCAACACGAGAUCGUUGCUGCUGCUCUAAAACCGAACUUUGGUAGCAGCAGCAGCAGCAGCAGUACCUUGAAGUUGAAGACUUCACAUUAAGUUUGGGUGCAUAAAAGCUCUGGUGGUUGCGCUAUAGCUCUCUAGCUGACGCUUCUUCUUCGCUUUUUUUGUUCUCUCGCCGAGGAAGCUACGAAACGAGCUAAUCUGUAGAAGCGGGAAUCGUCGUGUUGGGGCAUGGAAGGUGUGUUACACCAGAGGUGGUGUGCAGGUCAAUGGCAUUGAACGCUGGAUUUAUUAUUAUCAUGUUUUCUCCGUUGCAUGUACUGUUUUGGUAGCGGUAGCAGAUACGUAUCUGGUCCGCUGGAUGAGUGAUUAAAUUAUUGAAGGCUCUCAGAUACGGCGGCGGGGCUGUACCCGAAAUCUGAGUUUUGAGAUUUAGCACUCCAAUCAAUCUGAUUAGACCAUCACACGCGUUACCCUUUUGUCGAGGCUCCGGUGUACCUAGGGUUUUUUGUUACCCUUCACGAUUUGAUCAGCUAUUAGCCGGAAGAUAGCUCUAGGCGCAUAUCUGCAGUAAUAUAACUCUUAUCUUCAGCCGCGAAAACUGGUGCCAUUUGCCCCUCGGAGACCGGCCGAGUCUGGAGGGAUCUCUUCGAAGGCUGUGCGGUGACGUGCGCCGCAGACGUGUAAAAAGUAGGCAAGCAAGAAGAGCAAGUAAAUUAACAGUCGUACCGAGGGAACAGACAAAGCCCCAACAUGGUCGAAAGACCAUCUUGCUGUGGGUCUCCUAAUUAGUGGAGCAUACCACUAACAGGGAAAAAUAGCCGCCAAAGACUGAGAGAGAGAGAGGAAGAAAAUCUCCGAAAAGCGUUCAGGUUAGCUGUGGCGUUGAGGUGUGUGCAGUGAAAGCAUCACUGCAUCACUCAUCCCGUAGCUGGUACAUCGCACCACCAUCAUCAGCUCACCUAUAUAUCUAUAUAAAUAUAUUGCCGGUUUAAACGCUCGCACGCCAACCGGGGGCCGGACGACUCUCGAUAGCAAUUCAACCGUGGCUCCUCAGCCACAACCUAAUUAGAGCGUUCGCCCUACCAUAAGGAUUGAAUGGUAGGGUAAAUAAAUUAAUAUUUAUUUUGAAGAAAUUAA